GCUGGUAACUGUUCAAAAUCAAAAUCAAAAUACAGGAGUGUCCAUUUUGGAUGAAAAAAAAAAAAAAAGACUGAGAAGUGGCAGAUGAAACAAAAGCUUUUUUAUCGCUUUAUCAGACGGGCAAAGAAAGGAAUCUGAUGGGUUAUUGUGUAAUUCUCGUUGACCGUCUACCCCUUGUUGGAGGCCGUGACGCAGAAGCAGCCCUUCUCGCCCACUCCUCUCAACCUUCCCAAAAGAAGAGGUGGUUCUCUUCUCCUCUCUUCUCCUUCUCUCCUUUCUAGAGACUAUAGAGAUGUUGGCAUUGGUUGGUGGUGAAGGUGGUAGAGCAGCUGUAGAGACAACAAUGGAGCAGGAUUUCGAUUCUAAGCUUCGCCUUCAGAACUCUAACUCUUCCGUUCAGCGAUCUAAGAGCUUCGCUUUCAGGGCCCCUCAAGAGCAUUUCAGCAUCCAAGACUUCGAAUUGGGCAAGAUUUACGGCGUCGGUUCCUAUUCUAAGGUUGUGAGGGCAAAGAAGAAGGACACAGGAAAUGUAUAUGCUUUGAAGAUUAUGGACAAAAAAUUCAUCACAAAGGAAAAUAAGACGUCAUAUGUGAAGCUGGAACGCAUUGUUCUUGAUCAAUUAGACCAUCCCGGCAUUAUCCGGCUAUUUUUUACAUUUCAAGACACUUUUUCUCUGUAUAUGGCGCUUGAAUCUUGUGAAGGUGGAGAACUUUUUGAUCAGAUAACCAGGAAAGGUCGUCUGUCAGAGGAUGAAGCUCGCUUCUAUGCAGCAGAAGUUGUGGAUGCUCUUGAGUACAUACAUGGUGUUGGAUUGAUCCAUCGAGAUAUUAAGCCAGAGAACUUGCUAUUUACUGGAGAAGGGCAUAUUAAAAUUGCUGAUUUUGGUAGUGUAAAGCCUAUGCAAGAUAGCCAAAUUACUGUCCUUCCAAAUGCGUCCUCAGAUGAUAAGGCUUGUACCUUUGUGGGAACAGCUGCAUAUGUCCCACCUGAAGUCCUUAAUUCUUCCCCGGCAACUUUUGGAAAUGACCUCUGGGCACUCGGAUGCACCAUAUAUCAGAUGCUUUCAGGAACUUCUCCAUUCAAAGAUACUAGUGAAUGGCUCAUUUUCCAAAGAAUUAUAGCCAGAGAUAUUAGAUUCCCAGACUAUUUCUCUGAAGAAGCUAAAGACAUAAUUGAUAGAUUAUUGGAUAUAAAUCCGAGCAGAAGACCAGGGGCUGGACCUGAUGGUUACACUGCACUCAAGAUGCAUCCAUUUUUCAGAGGAAUUGACUGGGAAAAUUUAAGACAGCAGACCCCUCCAAAACUAGCUUUGGAGUGUAAUACUGCUGAGGCUGAUGGUGUUCAGGAUUCUUCGUGGAACCCUUCACAUGUUGGAUAUGGUUCAAUGAGAGUUAAUGAGGGAACUGGUGGUGCCACGUCAUCCUCUGAACCAACUGGUCAUGUGACUAGACUUGCUUCUAUUGACUCCUUUGAUUCAAGAUGGCAGCAAUUUUUGGAUCCUGGGGAGUCUGUUAUUAUGAUCUCAAAUGUGAAGAAAAUACGGAAGCUAACAAACAAGAAGGUGCAGCUUAUCCUCACUGACAAACCAAAGUUGAUUUAUUUGGAUCCUUCAACGAUGACAGUAAAAGGGAUCAAAGGAAACAUAAUAUGGUCUGAUAACCCCAAUGACCUCAGCAUUCAAGUCUCAAGUGCUUCACACUUUAAGAUUUGUACGCCAAAGAAAGUGAUGUCAUUUGAGGAUGCAAAACAAAGAGCUUAUCAAUGGAAGAAAGCAGUUGAGGGCCUUCAGAACCGGUGAUUUCUGGUUGGUGGCUUCGAAAACAUAAUUCUUUGAAUGUCAUGAGAUUGAGGAGGAACAUAGAGAUCCAAAACGGAUCAAGCGCUUCGGAGAAAAUUUUCCCCUUAUUUUUCUUGAAGAGAAAUAGAGUUAUGGUGCAGUCAUUUUAAGAUGUACCCCCCUCCCUCUCUGGAACUGUGACAAUGGCCACGACAGGUUUGCAAGAAACACUCCAUAUGUGGUGGCAUCACUGAAGACUUUUUUGAAACAUGGGGGGUUGUGUA